GGAGCGCUCUUCGCACUUCAGUCAGCGCGCGAGCGCUUAUACCUCGGAAUUAUCGUCAAGAAAACUUCACAAAACUACGCGAACAAUAUUUCUCGGCCGGUAAUUCUAGUGACACUAGGGAGGAGGGAACUGGCUUACGAAAGCACCUUGUGGACAUAGCAAACCCAGCGAGGGUUUUCGGAGUCAGACUGUGGAGAGGAUCAUAAGGCUGCCGCUGUGACACGCCGAUUGGGUCUGCUUUGAGGGUGCUGUCUCUGCGGAGAGCUUCACCAUGGCGGAGUGGGGCUUCCUCAGCGACCUGUUUGAGACUCUGCAGGUCCACUCGACUAUGCUGGGCCGCUUCUGGCUGCUGCUCAUGCUGGUCUUCCGCAUGCUGAUCCUGGGCACCGUGGCCUCGGACAUGUUCGAGGACGAGCAGGAGGAGUUCGCCUGCAACACCCUGCAGCCGGGCUGCAAGCAGGUCUGCUACGACGAGGCCUUCCCCAUCUCCCAGUACCGCUUCUGGGUUUUCCACAUUGUGCUCAUCUCCACACCCUCCAUGGUCUUCGUCAUGUACGCCGUGCACCACAACAAGAAGAAGUUGGAAGGACGCUGCCAGGACUCUGCCUCCUGCUUCCAGGAGGAGAGGCAAAUGCGACGGCUCUACAUUGUCAACGUGGGCUUCCGCUUGCUGGCGGAGCUGGCCUUCGUGGUGGCCCAGUGGUGGCUCUACGGCUUCCGGGUGGAGGCCCAAUUCCCCUGCAGCCGCUUCCCCUGCCCCUACACGGUGGACUGCUUCACCUCCCGGCCCAUGGAGAAGACGGUGUUCCUCUGCUUCUACUUUGCCGUGGGCGUGAUAUCGACCCUGGCCAGCUUUGCAGAGAUGCUGCACAUCACCUGCAAGUGGUUCUCCGUCAGGGAGCCCCGCUACAGCAGCCAGAACAAGAACAACCUGGCCCAGGAGGAGGCCUUAGCUCUGAAGGGCUCUGGACGCACGUCGCCCAGGGACAGCCGGAGCAGUGGCAACAGGCACAAAUUUGUCUCCGUGCGCAGCACCAGCAGUGGAAAGUUUUCCAGUAUUGGUCGCAAGAACUCCAAAACCAAGAGCCUCAAUUCCAGCAUAGCUGUAUAA